ACCAUGGAGGAGGUGGAGUCACGUUUCCUGCACCUCCUGCAGCCCAUCCGUGACCUCACCAAGAACUGGGAGGUGGACGUGGCCGCCCAGCUCGGGGAGUACCUGGAGGAGCUGGAUCAAAUCUGCAUUUCCUUUGACAACGGCAAAACCACCAUGAACUUCACUGAGGCGGCCCUGCUGAUCCAGGGCUCCGCCUGCAUCUACAGCAGGAAGGUGGAGUAUCUCUACUCGCUGGUCUACCAGACGCUCGACUUCAUCUCCAACAAAAAGCGGGAAAAGCUGCCCAGCUCGCUGGGGCAGGACGGCAAAGACACUGACGCGACCUUUGGGAUGGAAGAGGAGGAGGAGUUCCUCUCCCUGGAUGACAUCGGGGACAGCAGCCAGGCAAACGUGGACAUGAGGAACGAUCAGCAGCCCAAUGCUGUGGACAUCGUUCCCUUGACUCCAAUGUCUUUGGUCCUCCCAGAAGAAGCUGAGAAGAGGGACAACCCUCUGUUGAGCCGGAAAGGAGAGAUCCUGGCCAGCCGGAGGGAUUUCCGGAUGAACACCUGCACCCCUCACGCCACCGGAGCCUUCCUGCUCGAGCUGGGGGGGCUCUCCCCCACUGGCCUGCAAGAGCGGCAGCGCGAAGGGAGCCCCGGCAGAACGGCAGUUGGUGGCCGGUCACAAGUGUUGGGUGGGAGAGCAGCGUUCGGCGUCCUCGGCAGUGGUGGGACCCCUGUCCUGAUGCUGAGUUUCUCUGAAGAUAGAGGUGCUGUCGGACCCCAUGAUGACAACAGCAGAGGGGAUGACAUGCCUGAGGCCCUGGAGGACGAUGUGGAAAUGACUCCUGCUGCUAAUGAACACAUUGAGGCGCAGAGGAGUGCGCCCCGGGCGAGGGGCUACAUGCUACGAGAGCGAGCCCCUGCUGAGGACCCUGCAGCACACAUCAAGGAGAUGCUGGAUCCGUGGAAAAGCCUCGACCCCUUUGCUGACUCUGAGGACAAACCAUUUAAGAAAGGGAGGCCCUUCCUGGUUCCACACGGUGUGGACGACAUGGUCGGGGGCAAGCGGAAGAGGAAGGGACCGAGGAAGCUCCAGGACUUCAUGAAAUGGUUCUCUGCAGCCUUCGACAAUGUUGCUGACAGCAGGAAAACCAGGAGGAAAGGGCCGACGUUCGCAGGGCUGAGCACAGGCAAACGUGCUGUCGUGCCCCGCGCCGUACGGGCCCCCUGGGAGCUGUUCAUCGCCAACUCUCAGAAGUACGCGCAGGAGACAGAGCUCUCCCAACGCAUCCGUUGCUGGGAGGAGAAGAUGGGGCCGCAGCUACAGGAGCAGCCGGGCCUAGAGCAGGCAGUGGACACGCUGCGGUUGCGGCUCCUCACCCACGAGCGGCCGCACGAACGCUUCCACACCUUCCAGCCCCCUUCCGCCUGCCCCUGA